AUGGCAGACGAUUUUUGUGAUUUUAUGGACAUUGACGAUGAAUAUGUUUUACAAGACAUCACUUCGCAAAUUGUAGAGUUCCGUAAAGAUAACAUUUUAGAAGCGCAUUAUGAGAGUUCUUUAACGACACAAGAAUUUGUUGCUGAACAAUCUCUCGAAAAAAUUCAAUACAUUUCUGUGGUAGUCGUUGACACGAACUUCUUGAUAUCACACCUUGCCUUCUUGAAAGCUCUCAUUUUUGAACAUGCAAAAAAGUACAAACUACUUAUUCUAAUACCAUGGAUAGUUUUACAAGAACUUGAUGGGUUAAAAAGUGCUCUGUGGAAGAACAAGUCAUCGUCAAGUCAACACGAAGUUGGGAAUUUGGCACAAACCGCAAUUAAAUUUUUGCACAGCUGCUUAAUUAACAGGGAGGAAGGAUUACGCGGACAAAAAAUUGAUGAAAGAAUAGAAAUAAAUGAGAAUAAUGAUGAUAAAAUAUUAGACUGUUGUAGAUACUUUCAAAUGGUCUCACAAUGUCCUAUUGUCCUUUUAUCUAAUGAUAAAAAUUUGUGCGUAAAAGCGAUGAUUCACGAUGUAAUAACGGCAUCUUAUCAGAAGUCGAAAGGAUUUGAUAGUAUUUUGGAGAAAAUAUUAUCUAAAGAAAGGUCCGACUCUGACGAAAUAAUAUAUUUACAGAAUAAUGAAGUGAAUCCUCAAAAGUAUUUUCCUAAUGAAUCAAACAUUACAACAAAACCUAAAGAUAACAAUGGAAAAUUAGGACACGGUCAGGAUGCUGACACAAUGAUGAUGGAUUGUGAUGAUGUCCCACUGGAUUUUUCAUCCUUAACACAAAAUCAAGUAUCAACGUAUGAAGUUCAGUCACAAAAUUAUCCUAUACCAUCUGCGAUUCCGAAACAAAAGUUACAUAAUCCAGAAAAUUUUUCCCUCUACGAUUCAAUCCAUGCACCAAUGAAUCAAGGAAACAAUCCAGUCAACAAUACAAUUUCAUUUAGAACCCAAAAUAAUUAUAAUUCGUUUCUUUAUGAUUCAAUUAAUGCACCAAAGAAUAAAUUUGUAGCGAUUUCAACACAAAAUAACUAUAAUCAAGAGUUUUCAUCUCUUGACGAUUCAAUCCAUGCACCAAAGAAUAAAAGAAGGGAUUCAUAUGCAGUUUCAAGUAAUAAUAAUCUUAUUUCGCAAGAAGUUAUCGCACAAAUCUUGAACGAUAAUAAUGGUCAUAAGAGGAAAGAAUCAAUAGGAAAAUCAAUAAUAUUUGAAAGGACACUAUGUGUUCCAGAAUGUAUAUUAUCAAGAAAGAUUGAAUUAUCUCAAGAGCAUCUUGUGACAAAAAUUAUUACAAAUCUCAAUAAUUUGCUUCCAUCUGCAAUUUCAUUCCAUUUUCAACAAUGCUUCGAUGACCAUUGGACCUACGUUGUUAAAGAUCCUCAGCCUUGGUCUCUAUCUACAAUGUUAAAGUUUAUGGAACGUUAUUGGUUUACAGUAUUUUCAGAAGUUUUUCGGGGAAUAAAUAUUGAAAUUAUUAAAAAUAUGAUCUCAUUUAUUUCUCAAUGGGAGAGUUACAGACAUAAUGGAAAAGUUAAUUUUAUCACAAGAGAUGUAAUGCAAUUUAUAGAAAACUCGGAGAUCAUAUUCAUCAUGAUAUACGUUGAUGUAAAAUGGAAUAAUGAAUCAACAAUUGAUUUAAAACAAAUUACAAAGAAUUGGUGGAAUGAAUUUGAAUCUUCACUUACCAUGAUUCUAUAA